AUGAUACGACAAAGUCCGGUUUCGGCUAUACGGCGCUUCUCUACGCAACCGACAAUCGAUCGCAUCAAUCAGACCAUUCGACUACCAGAUGGUAGAACCCUUGGAUUUGCCGAGUACGGAGCGCAUAAUGGUCGCCCAUUGAUAUAUUUCCAUGGGUAUCCGUCUUCACGAAUUGAAGCAAAGCCGAUUGACAAGUAUGCCAGCCGCCAUGGCAUUCGCGUCCUUGCCCUCGACCGUCCCGGAUACGGAUUAUCGUCGCCACAGCCUGAGCGAACUAUGCUAGAUUGGACAAAAGACGUGGAGAGUUUCGCAGAUGCCAUGGAUAUUAAGAAAUUCGCUAUUCUCGGAACCUCGGGGGGUGGACCAUUUGCUGCUGCUUGUGCCUAUGCUUUACCUCGACAACGCCUGACCAGUGUCGGUCUCUUCGCGUCAGGGCCGCCUUGGGCAGCUGGUAAACAAUACAUGACGCGAACACGGAGAAUGGCAUGCUUUUUGGCACACAAGGCACCGUUCAUUCUAAAGCUCAUUUUGGAUGGUGUGUUAGCUUUUGGCCGCUGGCUUACAUCGCGGACGUUUGUCACCAAGCGCAUACAUACGUGGCUGGAAGCCGUCAAUGCAAAACUUGCAGCAGAUGCGAAGGAUGCAUCGAAGCCCUUUGAGCGAGACGAGACGCCAGUUGCCCAACAAAGAGAAUAUUUAGUGGAUCUGAUCCUAGGGGAGCCUUUUCGACAAGGCACAGGCGCAAUGACGCGUGAAACCAAGCUUCUUUCAGCACAGGACUGGGGCUUUCCCUUGGAAGAUACUACAUAUCCUAUCCAGAUUUGGCAUGGCACGAAAGAUGUGAAUGCGCCGAUAGAGGCGAUUCGGUAUUUGGCGGAGAAGAUGCCUAAUGCGAAGCUUACCGAGUUUGCGCAGGAUACCCAUUACACCAUGGGGACUAAGAUGGAUCAGGUGGUUGAGGAGCUAAUGGCGACUGAUAAUUCGGAGUUGAAAUAA